GUUUUUGUUCAGUGCUUCUGCGUGCACAUGACCUCUCCAUUCCGGAUGUAAUUGGGAGUCUUUACAGUCCAUGAAAACGCUCGUGGUUGGGACGGCUGCAUACCUUCUCACUUUGCUUGACGACAGACCCAGCCUUGCCUUGGUUCCACGUCCACCGCGCGCGAAAAGAAUCCGACCGCCUCGACUUCACUUGUGAGGAGUUGCUGGCCUCUUUCGCAAGAAUCGGCCGAUGGCCACAACCGUCCAUGUAGAUCAUUGCAGGAACGACCACGGCAACAAUGAUUAUGAUUAUUGUGAAGGUGCUGACGAAGAGUGGUAUGGCUCCACAUAAGAGCCAAUUUCGAUGCCGCGGACGGACAGCCCCUUGCAUCUCGUCAUCCUGAACUUCUGACGAGGCAACAUUCAUGGCUGCAAAGAUCUUAUCGACGAGAUUGUUGGGAGGAGCGACAACUGGAACACCGAAGGACUCGAUUUGCUGAAAUGCUGUGGGCUUGUACCGUUGUUCACGACCAAAUAAUGCUAGAAAAGUGGAACAGAAACACGAUGCCCGAGCCAUGGACCAGUAUUAGAUUUCAAUCAUCCUUUCUCAGAGCCUAUCUGCAAGUACUUUUUCCAUGCACUUUCCCCCUGCGUAUCCUCAAAAAAUGGUUCUCGCCUCGCGGCUUUUGUCUUUAUGACAUGACCCUCAGAAAGCAACGGGAAGGACUAACUCUGGACAAACCUGGACACAAGUAUGUGUUUGUUUCCUUGGGGCUCUGCUAUAUUAUCACAAAGAAGAUACGAUAUUUAAGAUUUCCAGUCAGGGUUUAAGUCAUAAUGUACUUAGGACCUUCACCGCCUUGCGGGGUUGACUGUAAGCGGUCAGUCGUGUGUCACAGUGGAGACGAAAAAAAAGGAACUGACCCAGUUUAUAUCCUGAGAAGGAUCCUUGAUGUCGCAAGUCUUGCAAUGUAUGCAGCUGGGGGAAAGAUGGUUAGCAGAGUUAUGGCUGUCAAAACUUUGAUUCACUC